AUGAAUAUAUGUUUAUUAUUAAUUCUAUAUAUAAUUAAUAUAUAAUAAUAUAUAUGUGAAAAGGACUAUUAUAAAAUACUAGGAAUUUCUAGAAAUAGUGAUUUAAGAUAAAUAAAACAAUAAUUUAAAAAAAUGGCAUUAAAAUAUCAUCCUGAUAAAAAUCAAAAUAACAUAUACUUAGCAGAAUUAGAAUUUUCUUAGAUAGUAGAGGCUUAUGAAAUAUUAGGCGAUUCCUAAAAAAGGGACGCUUACGAUAAUUUUGGUGAAUUUGCAUUUAAUAAAAAUAAAUAAAAUAAUUAAAGUGAAAAAAAUAGUCCUUAAAAUAAAUAAAUAACUAAUUUAAGAUAUUAGAAUAUAUUUAGUUAGUUUUUUAUAAAAUUAAAUAAAGAUAGUAAAAGAAAAAACGUUUUCUAAAACUCAGACGUAAUUAUUUUUAAAAUGGAAUAAUUAAGUAAUUUUCUAUAAAGAAAUUAAGUCUGGAUAGUAUUAUUUUACAACAAAUAUUAACCAGAGUCUUUAGAAAUAAUAGAUGUUUAUAAAAAAUUUGCUUCAAAAUAUAAAGGAAUAUUUACUGUUUCCAGCAUUAAUUGUAAAAACGAAAUUUCUUUAUGUGAAGAUCAAUUUGAAGUUUUUUAUUAUCCUAAAAUAAAAGCUUUCUCUGCGCAUAUAGAAUCCCAAGGAUAAGAAUACAAAAAUGAUAUGAAGGACAUUCAAAAAAUAGGACUUUUCGCAUCCAAUUUAAUGGAAGACUAUUCCCAAAAAGUCACUAAGGAAAAUUAUAAAUAAUUACAUAUAUAAGCUAAGAGAAUAAUUGCCCUUUUUACUGAAAAAUAAUAUACACCUAUUUUAAUUAAGGCUUUCUCAAAGGAAUUUAAGGAUAGUUUAUAGUUUAUUAUUAUACAUAGUAGCGAAAAACAUUUAUUAAAGAAGUUUAAUGUUACUUAAUUUCCAACAAUAGUAGGUUUAUAUGAUGUUAAGAGAUAUUAAAUGACGGUAUAUAAAGGGGUCAAAAAUAAAGAAUAUAUAAGAAAGUUUCUUAAAUUAUAAAUCAUAAUUAAUAAUUAGCAUAUGAAUAUUAAUAAACUUCUCAAAUAAUAACAUUUAGCUAAUUAAUAUAAUAUAAUUAUUUUUAUUUUAAUUGUUUAAGAUGUUAAAUAGUCUCUUAUGUUAAAUAACUUGGAAGAUAAUUACCCCGGUUUUGAUUUCUAUUAUACUUUUUAUAAUAAUAUUAAUGUAAGGCUUUAGGAGGAUUUUUAAUAUAAAUUCCCUAAUGCUAUUGCUUUAUAUAAAGGGAAAUAUACUAAAUAUUCCAAAAAAUUUAAACUUAGUAAACAUAGAAUAAAUCAUUUUAUAAAUCACAUCAUUGAAGGAACAGCUGAAUUUAAUUAACCGUUUACUGAUGAUUUAAUAUUUAUAAAAUAAUAAUAAUAUAAACAUGAUUAAUGA